CUAAUAGAGAGACAGACACCAGUUUUCAAAGUGGGUUGUUUACUGAAUACCAUUCUCUUUUUUUUCAGCUAUUAUGCUAUAAGCUAUCCUUUGAGGUCCCGUCACGUUCGCACCGCUACCCGGGCCGGUGUCUUACUGGUAAUAAUCUGGAUCAUAACCCUCCUACUGUCCAUGCCGAGCUGGUGGAUCCAGAGGACUGAGCCGAGACUAGUUAUGCAACUGGACCAAAUUCCUCAGAUUCGGUCUGCGUACGUAUGUGCAGAAAAGUACAAGAAACAGAUAUAUGACGUAGUACACACAUUUGUAAUUCUGUUUUUGAAUUACGUUAUCCCGAUGGUAAUCAUGAUGUGCGCGUAUGGAAUGAUAUCCUUCCGUUUGUGGAUUCAAAAACCGAUAGGUGAUACGGGGUCAAGGCCACAGUACCUCGCCAGGAGCAACUCGCAGAAAAAACGGAUCAUCAAAAUGCUGAUCGCUUUGGUAAUUAUAUUCGGAGUUUGCUGGCUCCCUUUUUUCGCCGUACAAGUGUAUCACCUGAACCAUGACAUGACGCGAGAAUUUCGGGUAGGCUUAGCAAUCGUUCAUCUGAUUGGCUACUCCAAUUCCUUACUGAACCCUAUCGUGUAUGGGUUUAUGAAUGGAAAUUUUAAGAGACAUUUAAAGGCAAUGUGCAUCAAAUUUCGUAAACAAUCGUCUUUUCGUCUCGGUCGUAAUCCAAAUAACAUCAAUAUAACCGUGGAGAGUGUGAUGUGAUCUUCAAAUCUCAUUGGAUACACGUGGAACUGUCGACCAUAUUAAUUGUACAAUAACCAUUUUAUUGAACUGUUCUUCCUAGAAAAUCGUAGUUAUUAUAUCUUGUUUAUAGGUCAAAGAUAUGGGUUGCUUAAGAUGUGUGAUGCUGCAACAUUUACUAUUUUUUGCAUGUUUUUUUUCUUAAUGUAUAUAAUUUCAUAUUGUAUAAUUUGAAUGAUAUUAAAAAGAAU